GUAACUUUGGCGCGCAAUAAAUGGCGGCUCGGGGCCAUUUUGGUUGAUCACGUGACUCAUAGUGCGUUGUGGUUUGGAGAUCCAGAUAGUUUUUGUAAAUAGCAUCUGUACAUAUUGUACAAUAUAUAAUGAGUUCGGGAACUCGAACCACCUCUAAAGGUGGCAAAGGGGCUAAAAUAGACAAGUCACACAAGACUGACAAAGGAGAUGUUGGCAAAGGUAGUGGUGACAAACAACAAAGAGACACAAGUACUAAGUCCGAGGAUAUCAGCAUGUCAGACAAAGUCAAAUUGCUUAUUGAUUUGAGCAGUAAAACAGAAGAUGAAGUCUGCCUGGCUCUGCAUGAUUGUGACAAUGAUAUGCAACAGGCUAUUAACAUGCUACUUGAAGACCAAGGCACAGGCGGUGAGUGGUGCGUGAAGAAGAAAAAGAGCAGACAAGCGUCGACCAGCAAGGGCGACAAGGGCGACGAAGGCUCCGCCGACGACUGGAACGACCUCGCUCCCGCGUCCGCCGGCGACAAGGAGAACAACAACUCGAACUACAAAUCGCGCGGCGGUCGCGACGGAAAGCGCGGCGGCGGCGGCGGCCCGCCCCGUCUCCACGACCGUCACAACGACAACCGCGGGUGGCGCGGACGCGAGAACGGCGGCGACGACUGGAACAGCUCGGGCGGCAGAGGCGGCGGCGAAAGGCGCGGGGGUCGCGGCGGUGGGGGCGGUGCUCCACGCGGCGGCGGCGGUGGCCGCGGCAGAGGUGGCGGACGAGCGGGCGGCGGCCGAUACGGACCGCGAGGCGGUAGCGGCAGGUCGGACCGCGGAGGCGGCGGCGGCGGCGGCAGCUUCAACAAGCCUUUCGAUACGUGGGACAACUCGAACACGUGGGACAAUAACACGGUCGCGAAUACCAAUCACAAUGCAGGUAAGGAAGAGAACUGGGACGAUUUUCCCGGCGCAGACGAAUGGACUACGGAAGAGUACACCGGCAGCCUGGCCGAUACCAAGGUGUUCACGCCCAGCACCCAGCAGAACGACGAUCCCAACGAGCAGCAAAUGCAACCCCCAGAAGGUGCUGUCCCGCCGCCGGGACAGGAGUUCGUCGAACAGCCCGGCGGCAUCAUGUCCCAGAGCCCUGUGCCCAUUGUCGGUACCCUCAACGCUGCUCAGACUCAGUAUUUAUCUCAGCUAACGCAACAGAACAGCGAAAGCAUGAACAAGCAGUACGCCACUGCGACCGGCGGCGGCGGCGCCAGCCCCAGCCAGACCUACCAACAACAGCAGCAACUGCAAUCGGCUCAAACUCAACAGGCCGCGCCUGCGCAGCAGCAGACGUACGCCGGUACGGCGCAAACUCCGCAGUACGGCAACGCGGCCGCCUACAACAGCGCGUAUCCUGCGACGGGUGCGAACAGUUACGACGCCAGUGCGCAGCAGCAGGCGCAGCAGCCGCCCGCGAGGACGAAGACUCAACGGGCGAGAGUGCCUCCACCUUCAAAGAUUCCUUCAAGCGCGGUUGAGAUGCCGGGCGAGAUGAACUCCUUCCAAUACUUGGACGUGCAGUUCGGCGCGAUGGACUUUAUGGACGGCGGCGGCGGCGGCGGCGCCACUUUCGACGCCACGUCGGUCGACGCCAAUCCGAAAUACGCGACGUCGGCGUCUAACAAUUUGGAGUCGACGGGGGCGCCGAACGCGCAGCAGGAUUCUUCGGCGGACAACACGUACGCGUCUUCGACCGCAGCCAAGAAUCAAACGCAAAGCAGUAUUAGCUCUGCACUUUCACAGAGCCUCUCAAGCACAGACAACAUUCCACAGACCGGCGAACAUUUGACGACGGGUUCGUACAGCGCGGCGAGCCGAGGCGGCGCGAACGCGUCCGCGCAAUCUCAGCAGCAGGGCGGCGGCGGAUCGGGCGGCGGCAUGGACCAGAUGAGCCAGAAGGGAGCGGCCGAUGCGAACACGUACUCGCAACAGGCCAGCUACAAUUCCUAUCAGUCCAAAACCAACAACUACAAUUCGUCGUCGAAUUACGCUGGAGUGCAGACGACAACGAGCUCGUACGUGUCCGGCCAAUCGAACAACUACGUGAACAGCCAGUCGGCGGCGACGGCCGGAUCCGGCAACAACGCGUACCAAGCGUCUGCGGGAGCGGGCGGCAACACCGCCGCCAACUCGUACUCGAACGCAUACUCGUCGGGCGGCGGCAAUUCCACCGGCGGUGGUUAUCAGGGCGGCAACUCGAACAACGCCUUCCCCACCAUCAGCCAGGCGAACUCGUAUCCAAACAAUCAAACCUAUCCGCAAAAUACUAGUCAAUCGGUCUACGGUGCUAAUACAGGGUUGAGCAAUAGCUCGGGCUACGGCCAAACGUCGUCGGCGUCGCAGUACAACAACUACGGCUCGUCGGCUUCGGCGGCGGGCAACAAGCUGAAAGAAAACUCGUACGACGGCACCGGUUCGUCGGCGAGCGCCGCAGCCAACAGUGGCGGCGGCGGCGGCGGACAAUCCACCGCCAACAACGUGACGUCCGCCACUGCGCUGUCGUCGCUGUCGCAAACGACGACGGCGGCCAGCGCCAAGUCCACGACGACGCUAGCUGCCAAAAACUCGAAUAGCGUGGUUUCCAACAUCCCGCCAGGUGUCGCACCAGUCAUGAGCACACCCUACAUCAUGGGACAAGUCCCGUACUUCCAGCAACCUGUGUACUCUUACGAGGACAUGCAAUUGUUGCAGCAAAGACUUCCACACAUGACGACGCCCUACUAUGACAUGAGUUACCAGACACCGACAACGCUGGCAGCAGUGCGCGACGCCUCCGGCCUGGGCAACGUGGGUUACUCGAUGUCGUCGGACGGACGGUUCGCCAGAGGCGGCGACAACGCCUCGCCAGUGCCGUCUACCCUCUCGCAGCAGCAGACCUCCACUCUGACGCAGGGACACCAGGCGCAGCCGAUACUUGCUGGAGGAGCGCCUCCGUACUUCUUCGCCGCCACGGCCUUCAACACGAUCGCCCCGAAUUACCAGUUUGGAACGAUGUAUACGCAACUGCCUGCGGCGACAAACGCGCACGGCACCAACAGCAGCAGCCAGUACCCGAAACCGGGCGCCGGCUACUCCGGCUACGGCACGUACGACCCGCUGGGGCAGACGCAGGAAUACGGCAAGGGCGGCUACGCGAGCAGCGCGGCGGCGGCCGCGCAGGCGCAGAAGGGCGGCGGCGGCGGCGGUAACGCGUCGACGACGGGCUCGGCCGGCAACGAUCUCAGCGCCAUGUACGGCAAGUCGCACGCCGCGCUCGGCAAAGUCAACUCGUAUGAAAAACAGGGAUUCCACUCGGGCACGCCACCCCCGUUUACCGGCACGUUGCACGGCAGCCAGUCGGCUGGACUGGCGCCCAGCGGUACCGGCUACGGCCCCCAGGUCUACAUACCGACGAUGGCCCCGCACCAGCAGCACCACAGCACGCCGCUGAUGCACCAGCCACAUAUGCAGGAUUCAGGUAAUUCGAGCGGUCAAAGGAGCCAAGGCUCGAACCAGGCCAAAGCCGGUUCGAAGCAAAACUACCCGAACUCCUACUGGAACCAGUCUUAGAAAAAUUCACAGCAACAUCAUAAUCGUCCCCCCUCCACAACAGCUGUAACUCCCCUCUGUUGCCGAAGAGGACGCUCGUGAAUUUUCGUUCGUCGUCGUCAGUUCGCCUCUCCCACACCAACCAAUCACAGCCACAGUUUACUUUGUUCGUUUAUAAAUAGUUUAUAUUAUUUAGCUUGUAAUUGUAUUUUAUAUUGAUUUAAACAGUGCGCGUCUGCCGCGCCUCGUAAAUUUGUAAGUAUUUAUUAUUUUUUAGGCCCCGCAAAGGGCCUCCCCACUAUUAUUAUUAUUAGUAUCGUUUCUUGACUACAGUGGAAUAAACAAGACUUGUACAUGUCAAACAUUUUAUACACUGCGUGUUAUUAGUUUGUCUCUGUUUAAUUUUAUCGACAGGCGAUUACAUUUUUAUUUCGUUUUUUUUUCUCUUAUUUUUGUAAAGUAGUCAAUUAGAGAGAAUUUUUUGUUUAAUUUAAUUUAAUCCAACAAUAAUAAAAUCUCAUGUAUGGUGCAAUUUUUAUCGAAAAUAAUAACUUUAAAAUGCAGGGACUGGAUUUUUUAAAUAGAAUAAUUGUUUUUUUUUUCGGCCAGUGAUCACCAAGAAACGCUUAUGUUUGUACUUUAAUUAAUUAUUAUUAUAAACGAAUGAUUUUUCAGUCUGUAUUAUACAAUUUUUUUUUAAUCAUCCAGCUGGUUUUCUUUUUUUAUUUUGUUUUUCAAAAUACAACUUGACGAUGGCGGGGAACUUUGGGCUUUUCAAAAAUUUAUAUAAAAAAUUAUCUGCCGCGUUUACAGUCAAUUUACGCGGGUGUUUGCUUAAAAGUUAACCAUUGUCGUUUUUAAGCGAUGUGUGCAAAUUUACUAUAAUUAUACGGAAAUGACAAAAUUAGGGACUUAUUUGAUAAUAAUCCAAAAGGCUGUGCUAUUUCUAUUAUGUUUUUUAUUUUUUACUCGUAAAUUUUGAUCCCACCUAUGGAAGAUAAUUUCUUCAGAACAUAUUUAACAUCAAAAAGAUUAUCGCCAUUAAAAACGACAACGAUUCAACUGCUUUGCGAAGCCGAAAACUCAUUUUUCGUUCGUUAAGUUAGCCGAUUAAUAUUAAUUGUAAGUAAAUUGACUGUAAGCAUGCGCAAACACAUUUUGGACUGAGCUCGGGCGCGCACGUCGGUUCCGCUCGGCCGUUUCCGUAAGACGAUACGUUAAGGCUCGCAGGGACGCCGCUAGAGGGCGGAAUUGGGCGAACCCGGGCGACGAGUACUAAGGAUACGGUUUCGCGGGCCCUUCUCCGAAUUAUUCUCUUCUCCUUUUAAGUAUUAGUUUAAUUUUUUACUCUUUCUACGAAAUACAAAUACAGUUGUUACACACGCCUUGUAGAUUCAGCAUAAUGACUUUCCCGUGGUUGUAAGAUGUCGCCGGGAACGACACUUGUCAUAAUUUUGAAUUUAGUGUGGUUCCUAGGUUUUUGGAGAUUGGCCCGCAAAUUUUUUUUAGAUAGAAUUUAUGAACUAACUAAAUUAUCUUGUGUACCUAUUGCUAAUUGUAUAAAAUAUUCUCCACAUAAUUAUUAUGUAGACACUGUAUAUGUGUAGUUUUGUUUUCUUUUUGUAUUUGCUAACUUAUGAAUAUGGAAAUACACGUGGAUACAACAACUUUGAAAUAAUUAUUUGUGUAAGUUUCUUCUGUAUUUUAUAAUUUUGACAUGUAGAGAAAUGGUGUGAUUUUUCACAGGAAUAAAUACUGAUUUAUUUAAGGUUCAA